AUGGUCUACAUUCUGAGGCUCUUGGCCCUAGUUCUCUGUGCCAGCCAUGGGGUUCUUGGUGAUUCGAUAACCGUGGAGGGUCCAGGUGUCAAGUUUGUGGGUCUGCAAAACAAGACUUCUAUGAUCAACACUUUCAUGGGCAUCAGGUAUGCUCAAGCACCAACUGGAAAUCGGAGGUGGAGAGCACCAGUGCUGGUUGAGUACAACAACGAAGUUGACACACCUUUGCAACUCAUUGACGGAAUACGACCGGGUCCUAUGUGUGUUCAGUCCAGUCCAUACUGGGGCUUGGAGGGCGCAACAGCAGCUGCUCGGGUAAGAAAGCGAGAAGACAAUGGAGACGAAUCCGAAGACUGCCUUUUGUUGAACAUCCAAACACCUAUGAUACCAAAAUACCAGAGACUGCCUGUCCUCGUAUACAUACAUGGGGGAGGUUAUGUCGCUGGUGGUCAAAUUGCAAGCACUGGAGAUAGUCUUGUCGGCCAGUCGAAUGGGACAAUGAUCUUUGUAGGACUGCAAUACAGACUAGGACCGCUUGGCUUUCUAUCCGGAAACGAUGUUAAGAAGGACGGGACAGCCAAUGCUGGCCUCCUGGAUCAGAGAAUGGCUCUCAAGUGGAUUCGAUCCAACAUCCAUAUAUUUGGGGGCGAUUCUAACCGCGUUACUAUCUCUGGGGGCAGCGCGGGAGGGGGAUCUGUCACUAUGCAGAUGGUGAUGUACGGUGGAUCAGAGGAAGCACCAUUCCAAGCAGCGAUUCCAGAGUUUCCGUGGUGGACCCCGCUAUACGAUAACGGGUGGCAGCAACAACAGUAUCGAGAGUUCUUGAGGGCAGCUAGAUGCUCUUCAUUGAAGUGUUUGCGAGACGCGUCACUGUCCCGCAUACGUUCAGCUACAGAGACUGCGUUCAGAACAGCCUAUCACCAUAAGGAUUACGCAUUCGGGACAUUUUACUGGGGCCCGGUGGUCGAUGGACACGUCAUCCCCGAUCAUCCUGCUCGCCAACUUAGAAAUGGGCAUUUCACGAAAGUCCCCGUCAUGACGUAUCGAAACUUUGACGAAGGAUUCCUGUUCACCAACUUCUCACUGGCGUCAGAAAGCGAGGUUAUGUCUGAUCUCACAUCUCUAUGGCACGACUCGGACGGCUUCUUUGCUGAGACUGUAUCGAUGCUCUAUCCUACGAGUCUUUACAAUCGAACCCACCUCGACGCCUUGACUAUUUACCCCGAGGCUCGGGAGGCUGGGAUUCUGGAAUCCCCUCUUUCGGACUCUUUCGUGAAGCGGUCCGCUAUCAUUGGCGACGCUCUAGUGAAUUGCCCAACCAGACAUAUUGCUAAGUCAGUAGUCAAGCAUGGUCAACCGGCCUACAAGCUCGUCUUCGACGCAGGCUACCAGUUUCACGGAACUACGGAUUAUUAUUUGUACAGUAGUGUGACGAAUGCCGAUGGCUCGAAUGAAGGAGUGUUCUCUUUUCCUGGAAACGCGACCUUGGCCAAGAUCAUGCGAGGCUACUAUAUUUCCUUCGCUCUCAGCCAUGACCCCAAUGGCGACGGCGACAAAACAAAGAAGCCUUCGUGGCCUAAAUAUCAAGAGGAAGACUCCAAAGUUCUUUGGGUUGGGUACACAGAUAUUGAGGGUCGCGCUGAUCCGGACAACUCGGCCAAUUGCCAGUUUCUGCUAAACACACGUGGUAACAACUGCGGCCUGGUUGAGGAUUGGUACUGCAUCUUUGUAAAAGAAUUCGACGAGACCUUCUUCUGCGCAUCAUCCAGCUUCGUUGCUUUCCCUGGCAUCCCAAUCACUGCAAGUAAGGACUUGCAAAACUGGACUCUCAUCGGCCAUGCGUUCUCUCGACAUGACCAGCUACCUGAAUUUGCGAGCCCUAUCACAGAAGUCGGGGGCAUCUGGGCGCCGACCGUUCGACACUACAAUGGGACCUUCUUCUUGACGACCACUCUCGUCCUCGAUUACUUGCCUAUGAACGAUUCUUCUCGUUGGCGAAACUUCAUUCUCACAUCGACCGAUCCGUAUGACUCAGCCAGCUGGUCUAAUCCUCUACAUUUUAAGGCAGACGGGUACGACAGCAGCCUCUUCUGGGACGACGAUGGCCAAGUCUACGUGACAUGGGCACCCCUGGCAGAGGUACGAUCUAGGAUAUUCCAGUCCAUGAUCGAUCUCAACACUGGCAAUGUGGGCAAGGUGAUCAACAUCUGGAAUGGAACCGGAGGCGCGGCACCGGAAGGGCCCCAUGUCUACAAGAAAGAGGAUUUCUACUAUCUGAUCAUUGCGGAGGGUGGGACUUUCUUAAACCAUAUGGUUACCAUAGCCCGUGCUAUGAGUAUCAACGGCCCAUACGAGGCGAACCCAGACAACCCAAUUCUUACCAACGCGAAUUCGACCGAAUAUUUCCAGGCUGUUGGCCAUGCGGACCUUUUUCAGGACGCUACUGGGAGCUGGUGGGGUGUAGCGCACGCGAUGCGCGUCAACCUCCAAAACAGGGUUUUCCCGAUGGGUCGCGAGACGGUUCUGUUCCCAGUGAACUGGGAACCAGGUCAGUGGCCUGUGCUAACCCAGGUUGAAGGGAUCAUUUCUGGAUGGGAGCUGCCAUCUGAUGAUCUCGGAAAGAGUAUGACGAUUGCCGGUCAAGAUGCUGCAGGGACGGACGCCAUUGAUUUGACCGAGAUACAUCUCAAGCCUUCUCAUCUCGUCCACUGGCGAUAUCCGGACGAGAGCAAAUACAACCUUUCGCCUGAUGAUCCGAGUUGUGGGCUUCAGCUUGCGCCUUCCUUCGGCAAUCUUUCGUCAAUUAUUUCAAACACGAACGGCGACGGCUUGAGUCUUUUGGCCCGCCGACAAUCUCACAGCCUCUUCACAUUCAGCAUGGACAUGACCUUUUCCCUCGACCAAGAUGGCGAUGAGGCCGGCGUGACUGUGUUUGUCAGCGAGAAAACACACAUUGAGCUGGGAGUCGUUCAAAUGGUACAAACCGACACGAACAUUACCGGUCGUGCAACUCCGCAUCUGCGAUUUCAAGGGACGUCCAAUGACACGUUAAUCGAAUCCUCCUCACAGGCCCUUUCUGAAGAGUGGAGAGAUCAGAUAUUGAGUAUGGAAAUAAAAGCCUUCAACGCGACUCACUACGCGUUCUCUGCCGGGCCAGCAGCGCAUCAGUCGCAGAUGAUAACUGUCGCAUACGCCCGCGCGUCACUCAUUCGUCCGAUAUUCACAGGUAAGCUUCGAGCAUUCGACUUCUGGCUGUUGAUAAAAUGA